GUCGUGUGCCCGCCGCAUUUCGCUGAUAUUUAUGGUUGUCGCUUAUCGCUCUCAUUUGCUAUCAUUCGCAGCCAAUUUAUUUUUCACGUAGAUUUAUAUCUACACAUUGAUCGUUCGUUUUCGGAGUUUGUCCUUUUUUUUGUUGUUUAUUGUUUUAUUAUUAUUAUUAUUUUAAAACAAAAACUGUUUGCCCAAUGCGCUUCAAUAGCGUAUCUAUGACCGACGUAUUCGUGAGAAAAUCGACAAAAAAUCGCCGAUAAUGUAGAAUUUGACCAGCUUGUUAGCUGGUUUUUGGUGCUUCACGUGAUUUCCGUAUUGGCUUUUCGAAUGAUUUUCAUUCUUGUUUUUCGGUACGAAACAGCCACCACUACCGCAGCGGUUCGCGUCCGCAAGUACUAAACAGUGUGUUCUGUGUAUAUCGCGAAUCGAGCCAGUGUGCAGCACGUUUCGAGUGCAAUUUGUGCGUCGCGUUAUGCAUACGACCAUAUUUGAUUGGAAAAGUUACGUUUUUGUUUACUAUUUGCUACUCAUCUCAAUCUCCAAUGUGCUCUUGGUUGCAGGUGAAUUUUGCCCGAACUCGGUUCCAUCGACUUUUGCAAAAAUACCAUCGAUGGUACCGAAAACCAUCAACGAACCAAUUUUAUUGUACGCAACUGUUCCUGGAACUGCCAUUACAGCCGAAUGUUAUAACAGAUGCCAAUCUUCAGAUGACUGCAUCGGAUUCAUAGUAGAUUACAUGCGAGCGUCUUGUUUUCGAGUGCCCCAAUCUGAGUCCACGUUCACCGAUCUGCUACCAGCAAGAAGUAGUAGCUAUUUCAUCAAAAUUUGCCUUCAAGUUCCAGCCGAAUGCGCAAAAAAAGCCUGGCCAAUCGAGUUCUCCCCAAAUUCCGAACUGAUCGGAUACCAACAGCAAGUAAUACCGAAUGUGGCUGACCGAUUGCAAUGCGCUCAGCUAUGUUUGACCGGAGCCAAACAAUUUCGUUAUGCAACUCGCAAUACACCUUGCUAUUCAGCUCAGUACCAACAUUGGUCCAAAACUUGCACGCUGAGCUCAGAAAAUCGUCGAUCUAGACCUGAAGCUUUCGCACCCAGUCUUCAAGAUGGCAUCGAUUACAUAGAGAAUCUGUGCGUUGGCACUACAGUUUCUUCUGCAUCUUCUCCUGAUUCCAGUCUUCCUACUUGUUGGCACGAGCCUAUUCUCAAUUAUUCGUUGAUUGAAAUCGAUUUGCAAAUAUUCGACAUCGAUCCAAACCAGUGUCGAGAACGAUGUGAAAAAGAAGAAUACUUCGCUUGCCGAGGCUUCACCUACAAAGCUUCGCCGUUGUCUAAUCCAAAUUUGGUCAACAAUGAAAAGAAGAUUUGUUAUUUACACAGCGACGAUACUCUAACCGCUGGUCCUCUAGUCCCUUCGUCAUGUUCGACGUACGUUGAAAAAUUAACUUGUAUAGAUCUCAAGAUUGAAUGCUCCGCCAACAGUAUGUCGAUUACAUUGAAUUACAAAGAUUUCACUGGACGUAUAUUCUCAAUCGGCCAUUCGGAUGAAUGCGGCGUGACCGGUAAUAGUCAAGAUGUAACCACCUUGGUACUGCCCAUACCAUCCGAUCCCAGAGUGCCGGAUAAAUGCGGCGUGUUUGUCGCCUAUUCCGUUGGCAAUGGCAAUAGAAAACUUGCUAAUGCAGUUGUCGCUAUCCAAAGACAUCCUAUCAUUCAAACGCUGGGCGAUAGAGUGGUGAAAGUGACUUGCAUUGCCGAAGAUGGCACCAACCGAUUACCGAGACCACUAUUCAAUAAAAUCACCUUGGACGCUAGUUUUGGCGUAGCCGAACCACCAGUACAAACGGCAAUCACUCACGAAGAUUCUGAAAUAAGUAGCAUUUCGCCAAUCGCUCGUCUACGUAUUUUGGACUUGUCCAAAGGUGGCACAGAAGCUGGAGAAACAAUGCUGGGAGAAGAAUUAGAACUGAGAAUCGAUAUACAUCCGCCAUUAAAUACAUCCAUUUUACGCGCCGGCCAUCUGAUCGCGAGUUCUGGCGAUGGCGGCAGCGAAUCGUAUUUAUUAUUGGAUUGGCGAGGCUGUCCACCCGAUCCUGGAACCUUUCCAGCGCUCACACCCCGAGGACCGCAAGUUUUAUACGCCUUAUUCAAAGCUUUCCGCUUCCCUUCGUCGCCUGUUCUGCGAUUCAGCAUCAUCAUUACUAUUUGUGACACCGUUUGUCAACCUACAGACUGCGGUAACGGCUUGAAUUCCUGGGGCCGAAAAAGAAAAAGGAGGAAACGACGAUCAUUGGAUAACGCAACGCAAAACGUUCCUCUGAGAUUAGCCAUCAUUGUAAGAUCAUCCUUGGAAAAUGAGCGGUCGUCAUCGUCGGAGUUCGAUUCGAAUCGGGAAAGCGCCACCGAAGCCACUGACCCCCGUAAUGUAACUGGCCAACAAAUCUCGGGCGAGGAACCACUGAUCACCAAUCAAAAUGAAGCACAACGAGAACCUUUCGAUCCAAUAUCUCUAAUACAGGCAGAACGUUGUCUAUCUUGGCUAAUGACCGUUUCCCUUCUGAUGGUUUUUGGGCUGAUAAUAAUUGUAGCGCUGUCCAUUCACUGCUUUUGGCGUCAUCGAACUUCAAACGACAACAAAACAUAAAUACAAGCUACGACGAAACUUGUGCUAUAAUCUCGAAUUAAGCAAUAAAUCGCCUUUACUCGUUC